AUGUCUUCGAGUCUGCACCAUGAAUGGGGGGGUGGGCAGGUACAACUUGUUUACAAGCCAGUGGAUCUUAGCCAUGUGACAUCCAAAUGUGGCUCUCUGGAUAACAUUCAUCACAAACCAGGUGGUGGACAGGUGGAGGUGAAAUCUGAGAAACUGGACUUCAAAGUGCAAUCAAAAAUUGGGUCAUUAGAUAACAUCACCCAUAUCCCUGGAGGAGGAAAUAAGAAGAUUGAGAGCCACAAGCUGACCUUUUGUGAGAAUGGCAAAGCCAAGACUGAUCAUGGAGCUGAAAUUGUCUACAAAUCACCCAUUGUUUCUGGAGAUGCUUCUCCGCGUUGCCUUAGCAAUGUCUCUUCGAGUGGAAGCAUCAACAUCGUGGACUCCCCUCAGCUGGCCACAUUGGCUGAUGAAGUGUCUGUUUCCCUGGCCAAGCAAGGGUUGUGAUUGUGUUGAAGUGCA